UUUGUUUCAGACAAUCUGGAUCAAGAAGAAACGACUGCUGUCUUUCUAGUAUGUGGUAUACGGCCUAACUAGGGGAAACUCGUUACCGUUCGUGAGCCUUGUGGUGUUCGCAUCCAACAGGUCCUAGCGAAGGUUAUGCAAUGCCGGAUUCUCUGUUGCGCCACAGUACCCACGCACUGCUGCAGUAGGUCGUGGUAUUAACGGCUAUAUGGGUUUUGUGUUCAUCCCACCUCAUAUUGCUGCCCAUAGGCACAUACUUUUGGUAUAAAUGGGUUGUCGGCUCCAUCACCCAUGCAAACGGGUAAAAAUCUCCGCCAUAGUCAUCAUGCAGCGAUCGUUCUCCGCCCUUCUGUUUUCAGUUAUCGUCGCGGCCAGCAUGUCUACUUCGUGGGCCUUGGUCACCAUCCCAUUGACAAAGCUCGAGCGUACUGGGCCGUACCUUCAAGGGUCUCCACAUGCUGAUCGUGCGCGAGCGUCGCUCUUUAAGAUAGCCAGUGACCCAAAGACCGUCCCAGCUUCAAACCUGGCAUAUGUACAGUACACCACGAGUGUUGGUGUCGGCAGUCCCCCCACCUACUACAAUUUAGUCAUUGACACGGGGAGUUCCAACACUUUUGUCGGAACGGGCAAAAAGUAUGUCCGUACACCAACUAGUGUCCCCACUGGACAGAAUAUCAAUAUCGUCUAUGGGACCGGAUUUAUCAAUGGUAUCGAAUAUAAGGACACAGUAACUCUCGCACCCGGCUUCGUCAUCACAGGUCAAUCUAUCGGUGAUGCUCUUAAAUUCGCAAAAUUUGACGGCGUUGACGGCAUGAUUGGCAUUGGGCCAACUGAUCUCACGAAGGGCCGACUCUCUCCUGAUACUGGCUUGACUCCAACCCUCAUGGAUAAUGCUUUGAAGCAGGGUCUGAUCAAAAAUGACAUUUUUGGUAUUUCAUUCGCACCAGCAAAGACUUACAAUGACACUAAUGGAGCGAUUACAUAUGGUGGUAUUGAUCAUGCUCUUCACACCGGUGAAAUAACCUACGCUCCAAUUACCAAGACUCUCCCCGCAGCGAACUCCUGGGGCAUCAACGUAACUUCCUUGACAUAUGGCACGCACACCGUUAUUCCUCAGUCAACCGCCGGCAUAGUCGACACGGGCACUGCCAUGAUCCUACUUGCGAAAGAUUUCCUUGCCAGGUACUUAGACGCCAUUCCCGGAUCCCACCUCGACAUUAUUGACACUGGCCUCGUUGUCAUCCCCUCUUCCUCCAUCGCACACAUGCAACCCCUUAACUUUACGAUCAAUGGUCGCGUGUUCAGUAUGGAUACAGCUGCACAAUUGAUCCCAUUGAACCAGAACACCGCUUUGGGUGGUAAGGCUGGCGUACAAUACGGCGUCAUCAGUAGCCUCGAUGGUAACAGCGGUGAAGGCUUAGACUUCAUCAUCGGUCAGAAGUUCUUGGAGAAGUUUUAUGUUGUCUUCGACGCCGAUGUGAACCGCAUUGGCCUUGCGUACACGUGAGUCAGCUCGACCUGAUGUUCAAGCGGGGUUGGAUGUUGAUGUAUUUGGACUAGUAAGCACACCUUCUCGACGUACUUGCCUUGAGUUGCCAAGCACGAACAUCUGAGGAAGGAGAUUGUUCUCAACACGCUUGGUUUGUGUUGCAGGCUGUCUGAGUGUCAAGCACAGGGAUUGGCAGCGAGUAGUUUUCUGCUGUGACUCGUAGCGCAAGAUCUCAAAGU